CCCGAUUGUCGCCCGCCGCGAGGCCGCCGACGCCGGGCGGAGGGGCGCCGCCGCGAGCCCUGGGCCCUCAGGGGACGCCGGGGAAAAGCGCCCUGGGGCCCCGGACCCGCCCGUACCGGGCGUACCCGGGCAUUAGGGGCUGUGCCCGCGGGGCCGGACACCUGUUCGGCCGGGCCCGGCGUGGGCACCGGGGGCCAGGAUGAAAGUGACCGUGUGCUUCGGCAGGACAGGCAUUGUGGUGCCCUGCAAGGAGGGCCAGCUGCGCGUCCGGGAACUCACGCAGCAGGCGCUGCAGCGGUACCUGAAGACCCGAGAGAAGGAUCCUGGCUACUGGGUAAAGAUUCAUCACUUAGAAUACACAGAUGGAGGAAUCCUGGAUCCAGAUGAUGUUUUGGCAGAUGUCGUUGAAGACAAAGAUAAGCUGAUUGCUGUGUUUGAUGAACAAGAACCACUUCACAAGAUUGAGAGCCCCAGUGGAAACCCUGCAGGUCGGCAGAGCCCAGAUGCCUUUGAGACGGAGGUGGCUGCCCAGUUGGCUGCAUUUAAACCAAUUGGUGGGGAAAUUGAAGUAACCCCUUCUGCUCUGAAAUUAGGCACUCCACUGCUGGUGAGGAGAAGCAGUGACCCAGCACCAGGCCCACCUGCUGAUGCCCAGCCAAGUGCUUCACACCCCAGUGGCCAGAGUCUGAAACCUGUUAUUCUAGGACUGAAACAUCCAGACUGGCAUGGUUCCAGAUGUGAAUUAACUUGCUGGGAUUCCACACAGAACUUAGAAGAUGGAGAAGUUAUGAAUGGUGUACAGACAGAACCACUGACGUCGCCGAAAACCAAGGAUGCAUUGAGUGAUAUGACAAGAACAGUGGAGAUUUCUGGGGAAGGAGGCCCCUUGGGAAUACAUGUAGUGCCCUUCUUUUCAUCUCUGAGUGGAAGGAUUCUAGGACUCUUCAUCCGCGGCAUUGAAGAAAAUAGCAGGUCCAAGCGGGAGGGACUAUUUCAUGAAAAUGAAUGUAUUGUAAAAAUCAACAACGUGGACCUUGUAGACAAAACCUUUGCUCAGGCUCAAGAUGUCUUCCGUCAGGCGAUGAAAUCUCCCAGUGUGCUCCUCCAUGUGCUUCCACCUCAAAACCGUGAACAGUAUGAAAAAUCAGUCAUUGGACCACUUAACAUUUUUGGUAACAACGAUGGCAUUUUGAGAACAAAGCUGCCGCCUCCUGUCCACGGAAUAUCAGGAAUAAAAACCAUAAAUCUCACAGGAACAGGUAGUCCUGAAGAGGAUGCAUUGACCUCUCUGCAACAAAGCAAGAGCCCCCGGGUACCAAGACUGGGUAGAAAGGCAUCCUCUCCCUCACUCUCCCCUCUCAUGGGGUUUGGCAGCAAGAAGAAUGCAAAGAAAAUUAAGAUUGACCUAAAGAAAGGCCCUGAAGGACUGGGUUUCACUGUGGUUACCAGAGACUCUUCCAUACACGGGCCUGGUCCCAUUUUUGUAAAAAACAUUUUACCAAAGGGAGCAGCAAUAAAAGAUGGCCGCCUACAAUCAGGGGACAGAAUUUUGGAGGUAAAUGGCAGAGAUGUCACUGGGCGAACUCAGGAAGAGCUUGUGGCCAUGCUGAGGAGCACCAAGCAAGGAGAGACCGCAUCACUGGUCAUCGCCCGUCAAGAAGGAACUUUUCUUCCCCGAGAGCUGAAAGGAGAACCUGAUUGCUAUGCACUCUCACUGGAAACAACUGAGCAACUCACCUUCGAGAUCCCCCUGAAUGAUUCAGGUUCUGCUGGUCUUGGCGUGAGCUUGAAAGGGAACAAAUCUCGAGAAACUGGAACGGACUUGGGAAUUUUUAUCAAAUCCAUCAUCCAUGGAGGUGCUGCUUUCAAGGAUGGUCGUCUGCGGAUGAAUGACCAGCUGAUUGCCGUUAAUGGGGAAUCUCUUUUGGGAAAGUCCAACCAUGAAGCUAUGGAGACACUGAGGCGAUCAAUGUCCAUGGAAGGAAAUAUUCGAGGGAUGAUCCAGUUGGUAAUUCUGCGGAGACCAGAGAGACCACUGGAGGAGCCUGCAGAGUGUGGGGCAUUUUCUAAGCCAUGCUUUGAGAAUUGUCAAAACACUAUAACCACCUCCAGGAGAAAUGAUAAUAGUUCAUUGCAUCCAUUUGGCACUUACAGUUCACAAGACAAACAGAAAGAGCUCUUGCUCCCCAGUGAUGGAUGGGCCGAGGCUGAGGUCCCGCCUUCUCCACCACCACAUCCCAUUCUGGAACUGGGCACUGAAGAUUACAGCCACAGCUCUGAGGUGGAUUCGGCAGUGUAUUUUCCAGAUCAGCACAUCCACUUCAGAUCUGUGACACCGGCCAGGCAGCCCGAAUCGAUGAAUCUGAAAGCCUCCAAGAGCAUGGACCUUGUGCCAGAUGAAAGCAAAGUCCACUCAUUGGCUGCCCACAAAUCGGAAUCUCCAAGCAAAGAUUUCGGUCCAACCCUGGGUUUGAAAAAGUCCAGUUCCUUGGAGAGUCUCCAGACUGCAGUUGCUGAGGUCAGGAAGAACGAACUUCCCUUCCACAGGCCCCGGCCGCACAUGGUUCGCGGCCGAGGCUGCAACGAGAGUUUCCGGGCAGCCAUUGACAAAUCCUAUGACGGACCCGAAGAGCUAGAAGCUGACCGUCUGUCUGAUAAGAGCUCUCACUCUGGCCAAGGAGCUCUGAAUUGUGAAUCUGCCCCUCAGGGCAACUCGGAGCUGGAGGGUGCAGAACAGAAAGCCAGGAAAAUCAAAAAACCCAAAGAGAAGGAGAAGAAGAAGGAAAAGGGCAAACUGAAAGUCAAGGAGAAAAAGCUGAAAGAAGAAAAUGAAGACCCAGAGAGGAAAAUCAAGAAGAAAGGAUUCGGUGCCAUGCUGAGAUUUGGAAAGAAGAAAGAUGACAGAGGUGGCAAGGCUGAGCAGAAGGGCCCUCUGAAGCAUGGCGGCCUAAGGGAAGAAGAGCUGGAAAAAAUGAAAGAAGAACGUGAAAGGAUUGGAGCAAAACAUCAGGAGCUAAGGGAAAAGCAGGCAAGAGGUCUUAUUGAUUAUGCUACUGGUGCAGCUGGAUCACUGCAUGAUAUGGACGAUGAUGAAAUGGACCCCAACUAUGCCAGAGUGAACCACUUCCGGGAGCCAUGUGCAUCAGCAAGUGUCUAUAGAUCACCAUCUCCACCUCGGGCUGGACCCCUGGGUUACCAUCGGGAUGGCCGUCCUCUCUCUCCAGAGAGAGACCACUUAGAGGGUCUCUAUGCCAAGGUCAACAAGCCAUAUCAUCCACCGGUGCCAGUUGACAGUGGCCGGCCUGCGAGUGGGAGCACGGACCGCAUCCAGAAGUUGCGGAAAGAGUAUUAUCAGGCCCGGAGGGAAGGAUUCACCUUAUAUGAGGACGAUGAGGGAAGAGCGAGGCUAGAUUAUGACCUUCACUGGGUGUCUGGAAAGGGUCCAGAUGGGAACGCACACAACGUCCGCUUUGAGGGGAUGGAGAGACAGUACGCAUCCUUACCCAGGGGAGGACCCGCUGAUCCUAUAGACUAUCUGACGGCAACACCUCGAGCGCUCUACAAGGAAAGGGAGCUCCCAUAUUACCCAGGGGCUCAUCCCGUGCAUCCUCCCAAGGGGAGCUACCCCCGCCCGCCGGAUCUGAGGGUUGCAGACCUCCGGUAUCCUCAGUAUUACCCUCCUCCGCCAGCCCCCCAGCAUAAAGGACCCUUCCGACAAGAUGUCCCACCUUCCCCUCCUCAGCACCACAGAGUGCCAGCCUAUCAGGAAAUGGGUAGACCAGGGCCCCACGGGGGCAGCCCAGACCAGUACCCCUACCGACCCCAGGAUCCCAGGCAGAAGAACCCCAUGACUGCCGCCGUGUAGCUGAAUACCACCAAGCUCAGCCCAGCCCAGAAAGGGAGACGGGUGACAUCACCUUUGCCCUUCCUAGAUUUUCAGGCCUUCCUCCUGUUCAGAAUUCUCCAUGGUAUAGAUGGGUUUUUCUCACCGAGGUUGCAACACUGGACUGCUGACCAGAAGGGAAAAGGAGGGGACAGGCGGGCAGGGGGGGUCGCAAGGAAGAGAGAGGACACGGUCAUGAAGGCAGUACUGCCGGAGAUUUGAAGUACGUUUGGAAUAGUUCAGUCCAGGGAGAGUGGACGGGCAAACAACAAUGGAGACACGGCACCUGGGGCCUCCCUGGUGCACACGAGCCUCAUCGAAUCGGCAGUGCGGAGGCCAUCUCAGAGGCUCAGCCUCGGCCCCCUUACGAAAGCUGUUAAGUCUGAAGAGUGGCUGCAAAUACGGGCAUCUUAAAUGAGUAGUUUUUUUCACUGAGGAAACAAAACAACAGCAAACAUGACUCGUGAUCUCCUUGAAAUGUUUAUACCCAGAGGAAGAAGGCUGCAUUUCCCUAUUUGCAGAAUUUCUCAGGCUCCCGGUACCACUCAUUUGGUAUAAGUAUUUUAUAUUUCCUUGCUUUUUAUAUAUAUAAAAAAAUAAGGUACGAAAGCAGUAUUAGUGUCCUGGGAGAAUGUGCAAAGCCAGUCAGGGCUUCCAGAAGGAAUAUAUUCUGAGGACCAGGUUAAGAGGGCCCCAAAUCCCGUGGUCCUCACCUUCCUUCCCCACAAAUCCCAGGCACGACAGCACAGAGAUAUCCAGUUUCAGAAUCAUCCCCAGGUCUCCUGCCUGUAAUUAUCAUAACCGGGGCCUCUACUUUCAGGAUCCCACUUGAGGACUAAAACGUAGUUGGGAGAGAGAGGGCCCACUGCUUAGGUCACACAGGAAGCAAUGCUCCGGAGAUGCCAGUUCACUGCACAGUCAGUGCCAAACAGUGCCAUCUGCACUGGGGACAGGGAGGGGCUGACUGUGGCCUUUGGGGUUGAUAACCAGGAAGCGGGAGGUAGCAGUGACUGACGUGUGUGUGUUUGUGCUUGCGUGUGCAAGUGUGUGUGAAGGCAUGUGAUUACCGGCAUGGAGAAUGUAAGGUAAAAAUGCUUUCUGAAAAGUUUGACGGGGAAGGCAAUAAAAGGGGGGGGGGGGGGGAGGAAUCAGAAGGAAAAGGAAAAGAGGCAUAAAACCAGAUCAUUAAUCUACCUGCUGUAUUUCAGUAACAAAAAUCAGGGCAACACCGAGGUCAGCAUCUCCAAUUGGAAUAGAAGAUCUUAGGGCUUUGAAAAGCUGACACCCCACCCUCCAAAACCCGUCACGUCUCCUUUGAGCUUUGCAGUAAUUUCCUACUUAUUCUAGCAGGACUUCUAAAACGUCCAACCUGCCCCAAAUGAGAACACAACAAAAGACUGAGGACCAGCAAAACAGCAAGCUUGAAUUGUUCAGUGGUGCUUAAGAGACUUUAAGCCUUUACUGCUCCUUCUCCAUUCCCUCCGGGGGGAGGAGGGGUAAUAAAUAAAUAAAAGUCUUGAGUUCAAUGUAGAUAUAUCUUGGCUGAGAUUAGAAUACCUCUGACUGACAGGGUUUAAUAAAUUAUAAUAUUAUGGAAUAUACAGGGUAUCCAGCCCAGCUUAGUCUUUUAUUUUUUUUUUUAUUUCAAAUAGAGUUGCGUUACCAGGAAUGAAGCAGCUGCUGGUUUUAGACAUAAAUACUUGUUAUUUACUGGACUUUAAGAGGUAUCACUUUCUAAACUACAAUUUACUUAUGGCCCUCUUAAAAAUAGACUGUCAAGUUGGUUUUGGCCAUCUGCCAUCUCUCUUGAGCCAGCACCUUACACUGUUUGGCAGUUUGUGCAAGGAGGUUGACGGUCUUGCACCCUGCUCACCCAGAGGUGAAUGCAGGUGAGCUACGGGGCUUCUCUGCCAACAUCCUGAAUGACACUUUCCCCUCAGACUGAAUAAACUUUCUGGAAGAAAAUGGUGAAGUGAGGGAAAUGCAAAGUGUUGGGGAGCAUUAAAAAUCAGCUCUUCGGUCUGUUGCAUAGUUGAACCAAAUUUCUCUAGGCUAUUGGACGUAGCCGAUCCAGAAGUCUCCUUUUGGAUUGAGGCCAAGACCACAUGAGGGUCAGCCAGAGGCAGUGCGAGAAGGUGAGAUAUUCUGUGCAUGUCAGAGCAGGGGCUCUUGUAGGAAGAAUGCCCAUGUUUUCACCACGUUGCCACCUUGGGAGUACAAUACCUCCAGCUUCCGAGCUCAGGGCAAGCUGCUCAAAACAUGGGUUCGUGUUGUACACAAAGUCAAUAAAACACUUGUGAAUCCUGAGGGGGCAGCCAGGGAUGCGAAGGUACUGUUAAAGUGGACGAAAAAUAGAUGAUAGCAGUUUUCUUUUCUUGCCUGAAGUAUAACACAUGCCCAAUUUGACCCUGCCCAAAGGAAGCUACCUUGUGGGUGACAGAGGCUCUGUCAAGCCAAGCCACAAUGAAGAGCAGUUCGAAUAUAAGCUUUAUAAAUUCCUGUGUCCCAGCCCUCCACUGUCACCACCCAGAAGUUGCAGAACUCUUCCCAGUCUCUAGGAGAACAGGUUGUUUAGAGUAUUUAGAAGACCAGGCUGUAAUCAGCAGGUGCCCAGUAGCAGGAAGUAGUUCCUGGUUGAUUUAUGGUCUUGGAAAGACUCAAUCAGGUGUCUGCUUGUCGCUCAGAAUAUAAUAACCCCCGGAACAGAGUGACACAGUGAGCAGCAAACCCACCAACAUAUACCCACCUGGCUCCUGAUCUGACCGCUGGGUCAUUGGGGCCUUGAAAUGAUGUUUUGGCCUCGAGUCACUAGAUACUUGUUGGAGUUCUGUUUUAUCCCUUUCUGCAGGAGGAGAAAUAGGAAAGGGAGCAGACCACUGAAAACUUUGAGCUGCAGGAGAAUCCAGUCCUCUGCCAGGGAGGGAAACACUGCAUCUCGUUAACCCCAUGAGCCAUUGGACUAUGGCAAUAUCACUCUUGGUAGAAAAUUGUUUCCCCACAAUAUUAAUCAAUGGACGAAAGGCAAUCCCAAAGACAGGAACAUCUUCUUAAAUCAUAAUUGAGUAACAAACAAAAAUUGGAAAAUAAAAUUACCGCAAAGCUCGUUAUUCUUAGAUUUGUAGGUCAACAUGCAUUGACCCCACAGGACAGCAUAGAGCAAAGAUCUUAUAAUUGAUCGUGUGAUGAGACCCACAGACCCACUGUCACCCCAUGGAGCAAACUGCCUGCUGCCCUAUAAAGGAGGUGUGCAACUUCAUUGUAGCUUUAUUUGUGCCACCAACUAAAUAAAAUUAAAACAUGAUUCAUUAUUCCCUUUCAAGAUUCGUGAACUCGUUGAACUAUCUUCAGAAGGAAAGGUACCCGACAACAUGCAUAGAGUCUAUAUGCAUGAGGAUCCAGCCUUUAAAGAGCAUUUGUUCCCCUAACCUAUAACCCCAGCAUUUGCUUUCUUUGGAGAAACAUCUUAGCCUUUUGGGGGGAUAGAGAGGUCUUCAGAGUUUGGAUGUGUGUCUAUAAAAUUCCCAUAGGCAUUAAAUUCUGAAAUCUGCAAUGAACCGCCUUCAAAUUGGUGCUAAAUUAGGUAGACACCCUACUGCUUUCUGAGUCCAGGAGCAACAAAAAGUCCAGGUUUCGUGCAAUUAUGUGGGAGGGAGUCGAAUCCAGAAACAGCCACAGGAGUAUUUCUCUGCACUGCCAGUUCGCACCGACUUAGUGGGAAAUGAUGCCACAAUGAGACCAGAAAGAGGAGUCUCCAUAAGGUAUCCCUACAAAGUCACCUCUCUGAAAAAAAAAAAAAA